UCCCUUUCCUCGUCAGGACCACUCGAGGCAAACCGCAAACACGCACGCACGCACGCGCACUCCAUCCAAGUCCAAGAAGAAGGACCGUACGUACGUCGAGAUGGCCGGCGUUGUGGUGGUGUUCGACUUCGACAAGACCAUCAUCGACGUCGACAGCGACAACUGGGUGGUCGACGGCCUGGGGGCCACCGACCUCUUCGACCGCCUGCUGCCCACCAUGCCGUGGAACACCCUCAUCGACACCGUCAUGGGGGAGCUGCACGCGCAGGGGAAGACCCUCCGCGACGUCGCCGACGUGCUCCGGGCCGCGCCCAUCGACCCGCACGUCGUCGCCGCCAUCCGGGCCGCCUACAGCCUCGGCUGCGACCUCCGGGUCCUCAGCGACGCCAACCGCUUCUUCAUCGAGGCCGUCCUCGACCACCACGGCCUCCGGGGCUGCUUCUCCGAGAUCAACACCAACCCCAGCCGCGUCGAUGCCGACGGCCGCCUCCGCAUCGCGCCGCACCACGACUUCCACGCCGGCCCGCACGGCUGCGGCCUCGGCACCUGCCCGCCCAACAUGUGCAAGGGCCAGGUGCUCGACCGCAUCCGUGCCUCCGCCGCGGCGGACGGAGGCAGGAAGCGCUUCAUCUACCUCGGUGACGGGCGCGGCGACUACUGCCCGUCGCUGCGGCUCGCCAGGGAGGACUUCAUGAUGCCGCGCAAGGGGUUCCCCGUGUGGGACCUCAUCUGCGAGAAUCCCGGCCUGCUCCAGGCCGAGGUGCACCCGUGGAGCGACGGCAAGGACAUGGAGGAGACGCUGCUGCGGCUCAUCAGCCGGGUGCUCGUCGAGGAGAGCACGCUGCUGCCGCUCGACUGCAAGUUCGAGUCGCUGCCGGUGGCCGGUGGCCGUCCCAUGCCGCUCGGCGUCAAGAACUGAUACAUCCAUCUCUGCUGCAUUGCUAUUAAUUUGGGGAUCGAUACUAAUUAAGGAUUAGGUGUUGGAGCGCCAAUUGCGAACUUGAUAGUACUCCCUUCGUUCCUAAAUACUUUUAUAAGUUUUUGUAGACACAAAAUGAAAGAAUCUAUAUACAUUCGUAUGUGGUUUAUAAUGGAUCCUCCGUAAAGACUUAUAUUUAGGAACAGAGGAAGUAGUACAGUAUUUGACUAAUUUGUGCUUGUUUAGUCCUUGAGCCAACUGGCAAUGUUGAAGCUCGAUGUAUCCCUUCUAUCUAUUGAUUGACGAAUACAUGAGUUGAUGUGACGGAAGUCAAUUUCGGCCGA